AAUUGUUUAAUGUUAAUUCUUGUCGAUGUGAUAUCGGUUCUGGUGGUUAUUUUUGCGAUAUUUGCGUAUUUCGUGUACACGGCCUGUCGGAGUUUCUACGGAAUGGACCCGGACGAGGCCAAGUACAUGCGGACGGAGAGAAAACCCGGCACUUUGGACGUGCACCCGACUCUGAACGCUAUCGUUUUGAAUUACGAAAUUGAUGUCCAGAUUUUGGGGGCGAAAGAGAACGUCAUCUACGGCGAGAAAAAGAACCUGAAAAAAGUGAUAGAACUCCCAAUGCUGAACAGCAGAACUGAUUGUUACGCCUUAGCCAAAGAAGUUGUCUACCAGUGUGACUUGAUCCAUCAUUCGCGCAUCUCGGAGGUCGAGCAAACCAUUUACUACUUAAAGAAGCGAAAAUUGAGCCACGGAAGUGCUAAAGACAAUAACAGUUCCCAUGAUCUCAAACAAAUAAUCAACGCCGACGAACCCAAUUACAACAAUUUGUCGGAUUACAUCGAGCUGCUCUACGAGGGAAUGUCUGAAAAAAUCAAGGGCGCUCACUUCAUCCAGCUUUUGGCGCGUGACCCGGAAAAUUUGGACGCAUUAUCGAAAAAUGAAACUGUAAUAAGCGCCUUAGCGCGAGUUCUACGCGAGGAUUGGAAACGAAGUAUUGUCUUAAGCACACACCUGGUGUUUACCUUUUUCUGUUUUUCCAUGUACUCACGUUUUCACGAGGUUAUACUCAAGUGUAAGGUGGGUUCGAUCUGUAUGGACAUAAUCGAUUACGAGUUGCGAAGAUACGACAAGUGGAAGGCGGAUUUGGAGGGCGUUGAGGCCCCGGACGACAUCCCCAUCGUCCGCAAGCCAUGUCCGAGUAGCGCUAGCCUCUCCGAAAUCCCCCGGAGUCGCAUUCCGGAGCCGGUUAGGCCCCGAUCCGGGAACUUCUCCGAGGCGAAUAUUAAAGCCGUGAUGGAAGGCAGCGUUUACGACGAUUUGACGACUUCCACGGAAAGUAUCGACGAUAAAAAACUGAGCGAAGCGGAAAAGGCGAAACGUUUCCGCACUUUGGUGAAAAAACAAGAACAUCUGCUCCGUGUCGCGUUUUAUCUCUUGCUGAAUAUCGCCGAAGACGAAAGUAUUGAAGAGAAAAUGACGAAGAGGAACAUCGUGGGGUUGUUGGUCAAGGCUCUGGAGAGGGACAACGAGGAAUUGUUGGUUCUGGUGGUGACGUUCCUGAAGAAGUUGUCCAUUAUGCAGUGUAAUAAGGACGCUAUGGCCGGGAUGAAUGUCGUGGAGAAGUUGCCGAAAUUGCUGGAGUCCAACAGUCCCGACUUGGUGCAUUUGACGUUGAAAUUGUUGUUUAAUUUGUCGUUUGAUACAAAAUUGAGGUUUAGAAUCGUCCAAAUUGGACUUCUACCGAAAUUUAUCAGUUUAUUAAGCGAUGAUCGUCAUCAGGAGAUUGUUUUAAAAUUACUCUACCAUUUGAGUUACGACGAUGACGUCAAAACGCAAUUUGCCGAAUGUGUGGGUUUGAUAACGGACAUGUUAUUACUUAAUAUUGGAAACGAAGGUGACGAAGUUAUGGUCGCACUUUGUAUCAAUUUGGCCACGGACCCGACAAACGCCCAACAAAUGAUGAAAAAAAAUCGCGUCCAAUCGUUAAUGAUGAGGGCUUUCAAUUAUCAAGAUAACAUGUUGAUGAAAAUGUUGAGGAAUUUGUCAGAGCAUAAAUCAUCCAAAGUUAAUUUCGUCGAGUUUGUAGGCGACAUUGCAAAGGCCGUAGUCGAGUCAAAGGAAGACGAUUUCGUAGUCGAAUGUGUCGGAAUUUUAAGCAACCUCAGUUUACCCGAGCUGGACUGGGCGGAAAUUUUCAAACACUUCGAUAUGUUAAAAUGGAUCGAAAAAGUGAUUCGUAACAAUAACACCGACCCCGAGUUGGUUUUACAAGUUGUAGUUUUAUUAGGCACGGCUGCAGCCGACGAAGGUUGUGCCAAGCUCUUGUGCGAAUCGAACAUAAUCUCGGCUUUGAUCGAACUCUUGAAGACGCACCAGGAAGACGACGAAAUCGUCCUUCAAAUAAUUUUCGUUUUUUUCGCGACCAUUUCUCACGGGACGAAUAUUGAUUAUCUGGCGGAGAAAACCGAAGCUCCGGCCUAUUUGAUCGAUUUACUCCAAGACAAUAACAAGUCCAUUAGGAAAUUGUGCAAUACGUGUCUUAAUAUAAUAGCCGAGCAUAGUAAAACUUGGGCGGAAAGGAUCAAAAUUGAAAAAUUCAGGCAUCAUAACGCGCAGUGGUUACAAAUGGUCGAUUCGCAGCAGUUGGGUCCCGAGGACGAGGACGACGAAGAGGAUGCCUUGCCACCGUAUCUGAAUACGGAGUUUCUGGGAACGGCAGUGGUCCCGCCUUUGUCAGAUUUGAAUGAACAUGCACAAGAAUCGGAAUUUAUCUCACAAAAAGACAUAGACUUUGACUAUUUUGAUAGACCAGAGUAAGUUUGUUUGGGUCAUUCCGGACUUUGAAAUUGAAGCCAUUUAAUUUUUUGCUUGAGCACAAGUGAUAUUCAGCUUUCUAGUCAUACAUUUUCUUGUUAAUUUUUAUGUAAUUGAUAAUAAACAUUUACUUGUACUUCCA